CGUAGUGUGUUAGGUUGUUAGAAAGUUAAUGGCUGGGGGAAAGAGAUCCUCCUCAACCCUCGCUUCGGGAGAGUUUCUGGAUUCCCUGAAGUAAAAUCACGCUUAUAUUCUACCAAAAGAAGCCCGGACGGACGUUUAAAUAAACAAUAAGCUCUUCAGUAUACGUAUUGUGAAUAUAAGUAUGCAGGAUGCAGUAGCCGGGACGGCAAUGCUGACGGACGGCUUCGAGGACGAGAUUGACUCGGUGACUCCUCGCUCCCCAGCGGUAGGGAUGGGGGUAGGAGCAACACCAGGAGGAGUCGGACUCGGGGGCAUUGGGAUUGGUGUGGGUGGAAAGAAAGUACGUUUGUACGGUGACCCUGGUGGACCUACAGCCGAGAGACUGGAUUUCAAACUAGCGGCAGCAGCCGUCCUUUCUUCUGGUCCGGGAUCCGGCAGCGACGAAGACGAGGUCUCCGAGGUGGAGUCCUUUAUCCUGGACCAGGAAGACCUAGAUAACCCUAUUAUGAAGACGGCAUCAGAGCUACUGUUGUCCAGCGCCACAGACGGAGUGGACCUGAGGACUGUUGAUCCAGAGACACAGGCGCGCCUCGAGGCUCUGCUGGAGGCAGCGGGCAUCGGUAAACUGUCCACUGCCGAUGGUAAAGCUUUUGCAGACCCCGAGGUGCUGCGGCGGCUGACCUCCUCCGUGAGCUGCGCCCUGGACGAGGCCGCGGCCGCCCUGACCCGCAUGAGGGCGGAGAACACGCUCAACGCCGGCCAAGCUGACAAUUUGGUUAUUUUCAGCCGUAGUUUGGCGGAGGCGUGCUCGGACGGUGACGUGAACGCGGUGCGCAAGCUGCUGGACGAGGGGCGAAGCGUCAACGAACACACGGAGGAAGGAGAGAGCCUGCUGUGCCUCGCAUGCUCCGCCGGAUACUAUGAACUUGCACAGGUGCUAUUGGCCAUGCACGCCAACGUGGAGGACCGGGGCAUCAAGGGGGACAUCACGCCACUCAUGGCGGCCGCCAGCGGAGGCUACGUGGACAUCGUCAAGCUGCUCCUCGUUCACGGAGCGGACGUCAACGCACAAUCCUCCACAGGCAACACGGCGCUGACGUACGCAUGCGCGGGCGGCUUCGUGGAGGUGGUGAAGGUGCUGCUGAAGGAGGGCGCCAACAUCGAGGACCACAACGAGAACGGACACACGCCCCUGAUGGAGGCGGCCAGCGCCGGCCACGUGGAGGUGGCCCGGGUGCUGCUGGAGUACGGCGCCGGCAUCAACACGCACUCCAACGAGUUCAAAGAGAGCGCGCUCACCCUCGCCUGCUACAAAGGUCACUUGGAUAUGGUGCGAUUUCUGUUAGAAGCUGGAGCCGACCAGGAACAUAAGACAGAUGAGAUGCACACAGCACUGAUGGAGGCCUGCAUGUCCCAGGACGGGCAUGUGGAAGUGGCCCGGCUGCUGUUAGACAGCGGUGCGCAGGUCAACAUGCCGGCCGACUCCUUCGAGUCCCCCCUCACUCUGGCCGCAUGCGGAGGGCACGUUGAGCUGGCUGCCUUGCUCAUAGAGAGAGGAGCCAACCUGGAGGAAGUGAACGAUGAGGGCUACACACCGCUGAUGGAAGCUGCAAGGGAGGGCCAUGAGGAGAUGGUGGCACUACUACUCGCUCAGGGUGCAAACAUCAACGCCCAGACGGAGGAGACCCAGGAGACUGCUCUGACCCUGGCCUGCUGCGGAGGCUUCCUGGAGGUGGCCGACUUCCUCAUCAAGGCCGGGGCUGACAUCGAGCUGGGCUGCUCCACGCCCCUCAUGGAGGCUGCGCAGGAGGGCCAUCUGGAGCUGGUCAAAUACCUUCUGACGGCAGGGGCAAACGUUCACGCUACCACGGCGACGGGUGACACGGCUCUAACGUAUGCAUGUGAGAACGGACACACAGACGUGGCGGAUGUACUGCUGCAGGCCGGAGCCAACCUGGAACACGAGUCUGAAGGGGGAAGGACUCCCCUGAUGAAGGCUGCCAGGGCGGGACACCUUUGCACAGUACAGUUCCUCAUCAGUAAAGGUGCUAACGUGAACAGAGCCACGGCCAACAACGACCACACAGUGGUCUCUCUGGCCUGCGCUGGUGGACACCUCGCCGUGGUGGAGCUGCUGCUGGCACACGGUGCCGAUCCCACCCACAGACUGAAGGACGGCUCCACCAUGCUGAUCGAAGCUGCUAAAGGAGGCCACACGAAUGUGGUGUCCUACCUGUUGGACUAUCCCAACAACAUCCUGUCUGUCCCGGCGCCUGACCUCUCCCAACUCACGCCCCCCUCGCAAGACGCCUCUCAGGUUCCUCGUGUCCCAUUCCAAGCUCUGGCCAUGGUGGUGCCUCCCCAGGAGCCCGACAGAGCCCCAUCAAACAUCGCUACGCCUCCACCCGUCUCCAGCAAAGGCGUGUCCAAACAGAGACAGGCUGCCCUCCAGCCCUCUUGCCCCAACACGAUGGGCAGGGGGCCCGAGACGGAGCCCCUACCUCCCUUCCACUUGUGCCAGCCCCUGGAGUGCAUCGUGGAGGAGACGGAGGGCAAGCUGAAUGAGCUCGGCCAGAGGAUCAGCGCCAUUGAAAAGGCCCAGCUGCAGUCUCUUGAGCUCAUUCAGGGGGAGCCUCUCACCAAAGACAAGAUCGAGGAGUUGAAGAAGAGCAGAGAGGAGCAGGUGCAGAAGAAGAAGAAGAUCCUGAAGGAGUUGCAGAAGGUUGAGCGCCAGCUGCAGCUGAAGACCCAGCAGCAGUUCACCAAAGAGUACAUGGAGGCCAAGGGCCUGAAGGAGGAGCAGGAGGCGGGCCAGAGUCAGGGGCCUGGUCCGGGGCCCGGGAGCACCUCCACCGGCUCCCUCCCGAUCCCAGCAGGGGCCCUAACGCACACCAGCUCAGACACGGACGAGGAGGCCAACCGGGACGGGGAGAAGGAUGAGCUGGCGGUGGAGGAUGAGGAGGAAGAGGAGGAGGAUGAGGAGGACGAGGAGGAAGAGGACGAGGAUGACGACGAGGACGACGAUGAAGAGGACGAGGGCUCAGACGAAGAGGUGGAGGGAGAAGACUACGCCAAACUGCCUCAGGUGGACACCAUCCUCUACAGGGACGGGCAGCAGCCCCCCCUGCCGCCGUCGCCCGUGUCCCAGCCCCCUCCGCCCCCUCUCCAGACCGUCUUCGUUCCCAUCCAGCCCCUGCCGGAGUACAACCCGGCGGACUACCCGGGCAGCGCCAGCCCCGAGCUGCAGAGGGUGCUGGUCGGGCAGCACAUGCUCGGCCAGCAGCCGCCGGGCCAGCAGCAGCUCGCCGGCCUCGGCGCCGGCAUGCUGGCCCAGCAGGCUCCAGACGGUCUCAUGGUGGCCACGCCCGCUCAGACGCUCACAGACACGCUCGACGACAUCAUGGCAGCGGUCAGCAGCCGUGUGCCCAUGCUGAACACUACCACCUCGCCCACGCCCCUGUCACAGCCACCCACGCAGACGCCCGCUAACAUCGCCUCCCCCCCCUCCGUACUGCCCCUCUACCCUUCCGUUGACAUCGACGCACACACGGAGAGCAACCACGACACCGCGUUGACGCUGGCCUGUGCCGGCGGCCACGAGGAGCUGGUGUCCGUCCUUAUCGCCCGCGGAGCCAACAUCGAGCACCGGGACAAGAAAGGCUUCACGCCUCUCAUCCUGGCCGCCACCGCUGGACACGUCGGCGUGGUGGAGGUCCUCCUGGACAAAGGGGGCGACAUCGAGGCGCAGUCGGAGAGAACCAAAGACACGCCACUCUCCCUAGCGUGCUCGGGAGGACGCCAGGAGGUGGUGGAGCUGCUGCUGCUGCGGGGAGCCAAUAAGGAGCACCGUAACGUCUCGGACUACACUCCCCUCAGCCUGGCCGCAUCUGGAGGCUACGUCAACAUCAUCAAGAUACUUCUCAACGCCGGGGCGGAGAUCAACUCGAGGACUGGCAGUAAGCUUGGCAUCUCCCCUCUGAUGCUGGCGGCCAUGAACGGCCACGUGCCCGCCGUGAAGCUGCUGCUGGACAUGGGCUCCGACAUCAACGCCCAGAUCGAGACCAACCGCAACACGGCGCUCACGCUGGCCUGCUUCCAGGGCCGCGCCGAGGUGGUCAGCCUCCUGCUCGACCGCAAGGCCAACGUGGAGCAUCGUGCUAAGACUGGGCUCACCCCUCUUAUGGAAGCUGCUUCGGGUGGUUACGCUGAGGUGGGCCGUGUGCUCCUGGAUAAGGGAGCUGACGUCAACGCCCCGCCGGUCCCCUCGUCCAGAGACACGGCUCUGACCAUCGCGGCGGACAAAGGCCACUAUAAGUUCUGCGAGCUUCUCAUCAACAGGGGUGCACACAUCGACGUGCGCAACAAGAAAGGGAACACGCCCCUAUGGCUGGCCGCCAACGGAGGUCAUUUCGACGUGGUGCAGCUCUUGGUGCACGCCAACGCUGACGUGGACGCCGCCGACAACCGCAAGAUCACCCCGCUCAUGGCGGCCUUCCGCAAGGGCCACGUCAAGGUGGUGCAGUAUCUGGUGAAGGAGGUCAACCAGUUUCCCUCAGACAUCGAGUGCAUGCGAUAUAUCGCUACCAUCGCUGACAAGGAGCUGUUGAAGAAGUGCCACCAAUGCAUGGAAACCAUCGUCAAAGCCAAAGACCAACAGGCAGCCGAGGCAAAUAAGAACGCCAGCAUCCUUCUCAAGGAGCUGGACUUGGAGAAGUCCAGAGAGGAGAGCAAGAAGCAAGCUCUUGCUGUGAAGCGGGAGAAGCGCAAGGAGAAGCGCAAGAAGAAGAAGGAGGAGCAGAAGAGGAAGCAGGAGGAAGAGGAGGAGCUGAAGACGAAGGAGGAGUUCUUUGAGAUGCAGGAUCCAAAGGAGGACUCUGCUGAAGAAACAGAGGUGCCCAUCGAUCCUCCCAGUGCAACCACCACCACCACCAUCGGUAUAUCCGCCACCUCCACCUCCUUCUCCGCCGCCUUCGGCAAGAAACGUGCCAGUGUCGCCACCACUCCGGGCACUAAUCGCAAGAGCAAGAAAAACAAGACCAAGGACUCCUCGACCAACGAAACCAUCAUAUUACAAGAUCCGCAGGUGGCACUAGCGCAACACAAGGCCGACAAAAACAAGAUCCACGGCGAGCCGCGGGGCGGAGGCGCCGCCGGCGGCAGCGACUCGGACCCCCUGGACAGCACCGACUGCGCCAGCGAGAGUAGCAGCAGCGGUGGCAAGAGCCAGGAGCUGAACUACCUCCCCGACCUCCCGUCGUCCGCCUCGUCUUCGUCUUCCUCUUCGUCUUCGUCCUCCUCCUGCUCGGCCCCCUCCCUCUCGGCACCGCUCCACUCCCAGGGCCCCAUGCCCGGUCCGGAGAAGAGGCACUGCCCUCAGUUACACAGCAGCAGCAUCAACAGCAAGGCCGACAACAAGGUCACCGUCUCAAUCUCAAAGCCCACGCAGAGAGCUCCGGACAUGAGCGAUUCGAUUCCCAGCUCCCUGCCCUCUCCGUUCAAGACCAUGUCGCUGCCCGUCACCUCGCCCAACAGCAAGCUCAGCCUCACCAGCCCCAAGAGAGGGCAGAAGAGAGAAGAGGGCUGGAAGGAAGUGGUUCGAAGCAAACCCCCGGGUGUGUGUCCCUCCAGGUCCAAGAAGCUCUCGGUGCCCGCCUCGGUGGUGUCCCGCAUCAUGGGCCGCGGCGGCUGCAACAUCACGGCCAUCCAAGACGUCACAGGGGCGCACAUCGACGUGGACAAGCAGAAGGACAAGAACGGCGAGAGGAUGAUCACCAUCAGAGGUGGCACGGAGUCUACAAGGCACGCGGUCCAGCUGAUCAACGCUCUGAUCCAAGACCCGGCCAAAGAGCUCGAGGAUCUAAUCCCCCGCAACCACAUCCGGGCUCCGGGCUCCAAGAGCUCCUCUGUGCCCUUCGCCAGCGCCACGGGGGUCAACAGUGGCUCCGCCGGUGGCCCCAAGGGCCUGAGCUCCCUGGUCACGUCCACGGGCGUCUCUUUCCAGUCGUCUGCCGCCGCCGCCGCCGCCGCCGCCGCCGCCGCUGCCGCCGCAGCGUCUUCUCAGGCGAGCGGCAAGAUGGGCAAGGGGCUGUCGGGAGGAGUGAGGCAGCCCUUCCCCGUGUCCCUGCCGCUGGCCUACGCCCAUCCCCAGCUGGCUCUGCUGGCCGCCCAGACCAUGCACCAGAUCAGGCAUCCCCGACUGCCCAUGGCCCAGUUCGGAGGCACCUUCUCGCCGGCGGCCAGCACAUGGGGUCCCUUCCCCGUGCGGCCCGUGAGCCCCGGCAGCGCCAACAGCUCCCCCAAGCACAACGGCGGGAGCAGCGGCGGCGGCGCCGGCCAGGCGCGCUCCGGCUCCGCGGCCCACGGCGAGCCCGGCUCGGUGGGCCUGCCCGCCGGCUCCGGCGCGCCCAACGCCCACUCGUCCCCGGCCCCGGGAUCGCCCCACACGCCCAACCCCACGCCCUACAACCCGCAGCCCAGCGGGCCCACCCCUUCCUCCGUCAGGAAACAGCUCUUCGCCCCCGACGCCAAGCCCGCCGGCGUCAACCCCAUUUCCGCCUCUGGGAUGAGCGGCGGCAACGCGGCGCGCAGCCUGGGCUCUCCGGUGCACCACGCCGCCGCGACGCCCGGUGCUUCGCAGCCUCCCCUCGGGGUCGUCGCACAGCCCCUCCUCCAGGCGCCCAAGACGGAGUCCGGCGCCAUGGGCCCCCAGGGGAAGGAGAAGCCCUCCCUGCCCCUGGAGCACCCGCCCAUCUCGGCGAGCGACAGCAUCAGCUCGGCGGCCUUCGCGGCCCCCUCCAUGGUCCUCCCGCCCAAACCCGAGCCCCGGCAGCACCUGGCCCCGCCUCCGUCCUCUGUGGCGUCCUCGGAGGCCCCGCCGCCCCUCCUGCCGCCCCAGCUGCAGCAGGGCUCCCACCACCACACGGCUCCCGCCCCAGUCCUCUCGCACACCCACACGCACCCCAACAACACUGUACCCCACUUCUCCGCGCCGGCCCCCAGGGUCUCUCACCGCAUGCAGCCUCCCGGGCAGUACUACUCCAACCAGGAGCAGCAGCAGCAACAACAUCAGCAACAGCAGCAUCAGCAGCAGCAGGCCCAGCAGCAGCAGGCCCAGCAGCAGCAGGCCCAGCAGCAGGCCCAGCAGCAGCAGGCCCAGCAGCAGCAGCAGCAGGCCCAACAGCAGCAGCAGCAGCAGCAGCAGUCGGUGUUUGUUCCGCUCAAUCCGCAGCAAGAGCCGCCUAAGCAUACGCAGGGAUCUCAGUCCAACCUGCCUCCCCAGGCUCCCGGCCCCCACCAGGUGUCCUCUAACCUGGGGAUGAUGAACGGCUCCCAGAUGCAGCACGGCCCCAACCAAGGCAAGCAGCAGCAGCAGAUGCCGCACAACUUCGGUCCAGCCGGCCUCUUCAACUUCAGCAGCAUCUUCGACAACAACAGCCAAGUUGGGAACAACCAGGUGUGGGGCGCAUGCCACCUGCCCGCCCGGUCGCCUCCAGAGCAGUCCUACUCGGCCCAGACGGCCUACAUGGGCAUGGGCCAGAUGGAGAGCAUGAUGCCUCCAACACAACAGGACGGCUCCAAGGCCCCCGGCUAUCGCUCGGCGUCCCAGAGGAUGGUCAACAGCCCCAUCGCGUUGACCAGCUAUGCCACCAGUAUCUCUGGAAGCCCUGUGUUCCUGCAUGGGCAUACAGGGGUGGGCGCACCUUCGUUCAGCAGACAGCACUUCUCCCCGCACCCCUGGAGUGCCGCCACGUCAGGCGAGUCUCCGGUGCCCCCCCCCUCCACAGUGUCGUCCUCGGCCCUCUCUGCGUCCUCCGUGAACCCCCCUCCCCAGCCUAAGCAAGGGAACUCCUCGCAACAGGACCGCAAGGUCCCCCCGCCCAUCGGCACGGAGCGGCUGGCCCGGAUCAGGCAGACGGGCUCGGUCAACACUCCCCUGCUCACCACCAGCUACACGGCGUCGGUGGGGCAAGGCGGCAUCUGGUCCUUUGGUGUGGGAAGCGCUUCAGAGGCCAUGUCUGGCUGGUCCCAGCCCCUCAUGAGCAGCCACAUGAUGCACCCCCAGCUGCAGGCUGAGCAGUCAGCAUUCUCCCAGCACCAGCCCAUGGAGCAGGACGACACUGGCAUUGCAAACCCUGCCAACAGCUACCACCAGCCCCAGCACAUAGCCAACAGCUACAUGGACUUCCCGAAGGGAAUGCCCAUGUCGAUGUAUGGAGGAACCAUGCUGCCCCCCCAUCCAACGAUGGCCGAGGGGCCGGGGGGACCCAUGUACAAUGGCCUGCACGCCGGUGACCCGGCAUGGAGCCCCAUUAUCAAGGUGGUCCCAAACAACGCAGACAACUCCGACCAGCAGCAGGUGUGGCCCGGUACCUGGGCGCCUCACGUGGGCAACGUUCACCUGAACCACGUCAAUUAAGAUGGGGCGUCGACGGCAAUCAAAUGCACAAACGCAUGAUCCACAGUGCAAAACAUGAAAAUUCUGAACUGACAACAAAAGAUCGACUUAAGACAAAUAUAAAAUAAAAAAUACGAUUUUGCAAGAGAUGUUAACUUUAGUAGACGAGAGAGUGCAGAGCAGUGGCUGAUGGAUUGGAGGAAUUAGUUCUUGACACCAUUCUUUGAUGUGCCUAUCUCGAAUAAGAAAAAUAUAACAUGUUGGUGCGAGGGCCGUUAACAAGGGGUCCCGACGAUGUCUGCAAACAAAACAUGCGUGAUCACUUGUUCAACAGGAUCCAUUCUCUGCGUAGUUUAGCGAUUUUGACUUAAAACCCACAUUACACCAUUCUCUGGCUGCAGAGGGGCUCAACGUGACGUACCUAUUUAAACUCAGCCCAGAACUAGAUGAUGAUUACCUAAAGAGCGAAAGAAAUCAGAACCUUUUAGAGUGGUAAAAACAUGUAUACUUGUUUACAUACUAAAAAGGGUUAAAAUGAGAGUAAAUUUCAUGUCGUAUAGUGGCUCUACUUUAUGUAGCCUGUAUUAAUGUGAAAUAUUUACCUUAAUAUUCAAUAAAAAGAUUGAAAAGUAA